AUGUUUGGUAAGACGUAUUUGGGGGUACCGUAUGCUACGAGUUCGUCAUCCAAGAGGAAUAAGAAGCUAGAUUAUUUUGAUAUCAAGAUUGAUUCACCGUACGAAGAUGUUAUAGUUAUCCAAGGAUCUCCCUUGGAAUCGUCGAAUGUACCGUUGUCGGGGAAAGUUAUAUUUUCAGUGACUGAGAGUAUUAUUGUUAGGAGGGUUUCAUUGAAGUUGGUUGGGUUAUUCAAGUUAGAUUUUUUACAAAUGGGUAAGAAUAAGAAUAAUAAUGGGAUUGCUAGUAUUGUUAAGGAAAAGAAGAAGAUUUUUGAAUGUACUUGGGAUAAUUUGUUAGUAUCUCCAUUGGGUGAAAUUGUUAUUGACAAUGAUAAUAAUGACACGGUAGAUAGUAAGAUGCAAGUUCGGUCCAAGAGAUCAUUGUCAUCACCUGUUAUGAAUCGAUUAAUGAGAAGAAAGACGUAUUCCAGUCAUAUUGUUGAGUUAUCAGAUGAUGGAUUUAUGGGUACACCAUUUAGUAUGUUUAAGGAUAAAGAUGAACAAGAUGGAAUCAGUUAUUAUUAUCAGUUAAAGAAGGGCCAUUAUGAAUUACCAUUUAAUAUAUUAUUACCUAGUGAACUUCCGGAGACGGUGGAGGGGCUACAAAGUGGUAGUAUAUUAUAUAGUUUAGAAGCACAUGUUGAUCGAAGAAAGAAAUCCUCGAUUUCCAAUAUAAUCAAUUCCACGACGACGACUACAAGUACGAGCGGAGUGGGGAAUCCAGCAACAGGAGUCCGAAAUUUCGCAUCAUCGCAUAUGAAUGAAAACAACAAUGUCAUCAUUAAUAGAAUCUUUUGGAAAUAUAAAUAUUUGAGAAUAAUAAGGACAUUAUCGAGUGAUAAUUUUUCAUUACAAGAGGAGAUGAAAGUUGGUAAUUCGUGGAAGAAUAAAUUACAAUAUGAGAUUAGUAUUCCUAGUCGUGCCAUUGCCAUUGGUGAUAUGACACCGAUUGACAUUAAGAUCUACCCUUUCCAAAAGGGCUAUAUCUUGGAGAAGAUUGGAGUUUCGUUAAUUCAAAGUUAUUCCAUGAAGGAUUCUAAUAAUGAAAUCUAUGAAGACGAAGUUAUUAUAUUCAAGCAGGGGAUGACGGAGUUUGGUAACUUGGUGGAGGAGCACACUAAUAAAUUAAUUGACAAGAUGGAAUUAUCGAGCGGUAUCAUGAUACCGCGUAAUUUGAAACGAGUGACACCGGACUGUGAAAUUCGAGGCGACUUAAUCCGAGUGCUGCAUAAACUCACCAUUCGGAUCCAUUUGCGGAGAGAAGACAAGACCCUGGAGAUCAAGGCCAACCUGCCCGUAUUACUGUACAUCUCUCCGCAAGUGGCGAUUGAGGGGCGACUGGUGCUGUUCGACCAGCAGACGGGGAAAAUCCACUUCCGUCCGAACGAGGUGGUUCCCCUGUUUGCCCACAAUGGGGCGAACGGCCAGACGACCAGCGGACUCCCGCAACAGUUCCGCCACGAGCAGUUGACGCUGCCCCCUCCCAACUACGAGGAGCACAUCCGCGACCGCCUCGUGCACGUGCAGCACGUGCAGCAGCAGCAGCAGGAUGCGCGCUCCGUGCGCUCGUUACCCUCCUAUCGCUCCCACGACGGCUAG